ACAGUUCGAAGUUGGGACAUCACUGGUGAUAAAGUGCAUUAGUUGUGUGAAAUAUAAAAAAUAAUAAUAUGGUUUUUGGAAAAAUGCCUUUGUGAAAUAAGUGUAAGAGAGUGCAACUAGUGUAAGACAGUAAAAAUGAAAGUGAAAAACCCGUUCAAACUAUUGAGAAUAGCUGAAUUAAGAUGGUUACUAUUGGGCGCGUGUAGCGGCGAAGUCAUGAAUCAAGGAGGACUGAAGAAUGUCGUCACAGAGCCGACGCGCCUCGAGAACAAACGUGAGCGGCGUCGCGGCGCGGCAGGUCGCGCGGCUGCGUUGCGUCGCGCGCCCUCCGACUCCGACUGUUCAGGAGAGACUGCCUCCCUGUCUGCUGACAGCGGUGACCGCGCUCCCCGCCCGCCGCCGCAACCCCCGCGCUCUGCUAAGAAUAGGGGCCGUCGUCGGGGCAGUGAAUGGGAGGUCCUAGAGGGGUUAAAAGACGGCCAGAGGUUCGAGAAGAGGCCAGACGUCUUCAACGGCUACCUACACAAGAAGAGGAAAUGGCCUCUGAAAGGGUGGCACAAGCGAUUCUUCGUAGUAGACGGCGGUAUACUGGUCUACGCGCGUUCCCCCACAGAUGUGGCUCGCGGCCGCCUACACGGCUCAGUAGACGUCGGUCUUUCCGUGAUCUCGGCCAAGGCAAGGCGCAGACGUAUCGAUAUAGACGCCGACGAGUUUAUAUACCAUCUGCGAGCGAAGACGCCCGAUGUCUUCCGAACGUGGUUGAACGUGCUUAAAGCACAUAGGUUAUAUAGGCAACAUUUGCUAACAUUCGGUGCGCGGGAGUCGGUGCCAAAGAUCCAUGCGCCCCUAGACGAUCUACCUCCCACAGACAAUUCGUCACGGCUGUUGAGCCCCACCGCCGGGCCCAUCCGCGGGCCCCAGGCCGGCUUCGUCUCCGGGACCCCGGGCGGACGACUCGCCGGUUGGAUUAUAGAAUCUGGUGGUCCACUGGAGAAUGCGUCCCGCGAGCUGGGGCAGGCGCAGCUGUCGGUGCAGCAGCUGCAGCGGCUGCUGGAUGCCUUGGAGUUGCAGCAGCAGUUGCACCAUGAUACUGAUGUAUCAAUAGAAGGUGCAUCCCCCAACGUGAAGAAAGACCGUCGCAAGUUCGGUCUAAGGAAGAAGAAGUCGAACAGCAAGUGUGCCUCCGUAGAACUACAAGCGUCGCAUAUAGACCCGUCCAGUUCACAUAUGGCAUUAUCAGCAUUGACAGCGCCCCCCUCUCCCGGCGGUGGAGCGUCUUCCGUACCGAACUCCGCAGCCUCCCUGCCAAUAGCGUUUCUCUCGACUUUUCUGGCAUCCACCUUAGUUCCUUGCGCGGCAGCUCGGCCCCAGUCCCUGCCCGGGGCGGAGACGUUAGGAACCGCACAGGGACCCGCGUCUCUGACUAGUCUGACCCCUGAUCACCAAUUGAGGGAAGACUUUACGGUUCUGGCCAAGGAUUUGGUUGCUAAUUUGAAGACUGUUGUUUCUACUUUGGUAUGUGAACGCGGUCGUCUCCGCGCCGCCAUGGAGGCGGCGGAGUCGUCAUCAGCCCCCGGGGCGGUGCUAGCGGCGCUGCGCUCCAACCUCACCACCGCGCUGCAUCAGAAUUCCGAGCUGCGGUCGCGACUGUCGCGCAUCCACGACGCUUCAGACCUGGCUGAGAUAUCCUCUGUGGGACCUAAUUCUGAUGCUGUGAACAACCGUCCGUUCCAACAGUCCCUGAGCUACAGCUCGUCGUGUGUGUCCGCCUCCGAGUUCUUCGACGCUGAAGAGCAUGAGCUGGACCUCAAGCCUGCUGAGAUUAUUGCUGCCGAUGAGGUAGGACUUACCUCUAACUGUAUACAUCAUGAACAGGUGAACAACCGUCCGUUCCAACAGUCCCUGAGCUACAGCUCGUCGUGUGUGUCCGCCUCCGAGUUCUUCGACGCUGAAGAGCAUGAGCUGGACCUCAAGCCUGCUGAGAUUAUUGCUGCCGAUGAGGUAGGACUUACCUCUAACUGUAUACAUCAUGAACAGGUGAACAACCGUCCGUUCCAACAGUCCCUGAGCUACAGCUCGUCGUGUGUGUCCGCCUCCGAGUUCUUCGACGCUGAAGAGCAUGAGCUGGACCUCAAGCCUGCUGAGAUUAUUGCUGCCGAUGAGUCGGGUGUUAUCGAGCUAGAAGGCGACUCGUCUUCAGAAGCCGGUUCUCUGAGCAGCGAGGAGGGGUCGGCUAGCUCGGACAACUCUGACGGUGCGAUAGUAUCAGCCGAGCAAGUCACGCUCCGUGCUACCGAAGCCCCCGACACGGCGGGCUGGUCGCGCCGGACCCGCCUGCCCGCCGCGCGGCCCACGCCGGGCGGGCCCAGUCUGUGGAACCUGCUGUAUAAGAAUAUAGGCAAGGAUUUAAGUCAGAUCUCCAUGCCCGUUACUAUUAAUGAGCCGCUUAAUAUGUUGCAGCGUCUAUGCGAAGAACUAGAAUACUCGGAACUCCUGGAUGCUGCAUCAGAGUGCAAGAGUCCCAUCGAGCGUAUGGCGCUGAUAGCUGCCUUCGCAGUCAGUGCCUAUGCAUCAUCAGCUCACCGCGCAGCUUCUAAACCCUUCAACCCUCUGCUAGCCGAGACUUAUGAGUGCGUGAGAGAUGAUAAGGGCUUCAGGUUUAUUGCUGAACAGGUAUCCCACCACCCGCCGAUCUCGGCAUGUCAUGCGGAAUCUUCUCGCUGGUGCUUCUGGCAGGAAGCCAGGAUCAAGACCAAGUUCUGGGGCAAGUCCAUGGAGUUCCAGCCUACUGGCCGCGUCCAUGUGAGGCUGCUCAACACUGGAGACCAUUAUAGUUGGAAUAAGGUGACGACAUGCGUGCACAACCUGUUCGGCGGACAGCGGUGGGUGGAUCAGUACGGAGACAUGCACAUCACAUGCCACGGCACUGAUAUUACAUGCAAACUUAACUUUAUUAAGGCGAGUUCCUGGUCAUCAAGUCGUCACGAGGUCCGCGGCGCGGUGGUCGGUGGCGGCUCGCGGCUGCGGCUGGCGGGGCGCUGGUCCGAAGCCCUGUACGCCGGGGACCCGCCCGCCGCACGGUGUCUGUGGCGACCUGGUGCGAUGCCCCCGGAGCACGAGCUAUACUACGGGUUCACGCGGUUCGCAAUGGAACUCAACGAGCUGGAGCCCAACAUGCGCAGCACCCUCCCGCACACAGAUACACGACUCAGGCCAGACCAGCGGGCGCUAGAGGAGGGCGACGUGGACGCGGCGGAGCAGCUCAAGCACCAGCUCGAGCAGUCGCAGCGCGACCGCCGCCGCGACUCCGCGCUGCACAUGCCGGCUUGGUUCCGUAAAACAGUAGAGAGCGGCGAGGAGACGUGGGUGUUCAGCGGCGCGUACUGGAAGGCGCGCGAGGCGGGCUUCCCCGACACGCCCGCGCCCGCCAUCUGGUGACCGCCUCUACUCAUACAUCGUAUACCGCAGUGCGAAUGGCUCUGCUAGAUGGUUGUGUCUCGCUUCCGGCUUAGCGUUACGUUAACUAGACUCUAACUGUAAGCCUCUAAUCUCUGUUGUCUAACUAGGUAUCUACAAGUUAAACUUAACUAUUAUAGGCCCAAGUUACUAACAACAUAACCUAUCUACUAAUAUAAUAAAAAUGAUAAUUUGUACCGUAAAGGCUCCGAAACUACUGAACCGAUUUGAAAAAUUAUUUCACUGUUGGAUAGCUAGACUUUCUCGGAGUAACACAGGCUAUAUUUUGUCUCGGUAUGGGCAGUAGUUCUCACGGGACGCGAGUGAAACCGCGGGAAACGGCUAGUUCUUAAUAAAACAGUUUUAUUAUUACUUUGAAAAUGUAUAAACAGUUGUUUUAAGAAAACUAACGCUUAUGUUGUUAGUAAACUUGGGCUUAAUUUAACUAUGGCGGUUAAAUGUUACUGUGGUUUAAACUGUGUAAAUGGAUUAAGUAUUGGUAUUAUUUUUCAUUUAAAAUAAUUGCGAGUAAUACAUAACGGUCAUUAACGCCAUCUUUGAUUUUCAAAAGGUAUUUUAUUUAGCGAUGACAUGGAAAAAAAUCUUAGUUCGCUCGUUAAUGUAUUUAAAUGCGUUGAACGCUUUGAAAAAUAUGAGAAAGAUGAUAUAAAUAAUCAUUACUCUUUGGCAAAGCAACGUGAUAUACUAUAGAUUUCAAAAACUAAUCUAUCUUGAUUGCUUACCAGAUAUAGGGAUUUGUUAUUACUUGUAUGGGGCUCAUCUCUAGUGCAAAUCCAAAGAUUGAUUAUUCAAAUCUAUAAAGAUAUAGUAGAUGUCUAUCGCUAAAUAAAGUGCCAACAUAUUGUUUAUAUAAUAUUGAUAUAUUAUAACAAAGCGUCGGGUACCUGUAAACUAAUAAAGGUGUAUUUAUAAAACCUUUCUUUCAUAAUCUAUGUAAAAUAACACUAAUCAAAAAUGUGUGAAAGAAGGUUUUUAUAAAUCAAUCUUUGAACAAAGUAUUUUAAUUAUACACAUUGAGAUAACAGUUAUUUUUAUGAACGUGCAAAAUAUGAAAUAUUAUAUAAGAAGUUUUACUAUAAUUAGCGUGAUUGAGUAUCGAAACUGCUUUCUUCACAAAACUGUGUGUUGAUAGUACAGGCAAUCAUGACAAUUAUUUGAAACUUCUUAUAACACCUGAAGUAUGUACCUACAGUUAUGGUCAAAUAAAUUUGCCACUCUGAAAUUCGCUACUAGUGACUUCGCGAUAGUCAAAACGUCCGAACAAAACUACUGCGUAAGCACAAGGUGUCAAUGGCUAAGUUCAGAGCGGUAAGUUUAUUUGACGAAAUGAGUAUUCUUGCUUAAAUUACGAAUGUAGCUAAAAUAUAGCAGAAUGCGUUAUUGGAAAAUAAUUGGAGAUAUUCCUAAAAUAUAGGUAUUUAAUGUGGAGCAAGUGUCAAAAUUCUCUCUUGUCUCUCUGUCUAAUGUCCAAUCGCCAUACAAUGGAUAAGUUAUAGAAAUCCGUAAUAAAAUGUGAUGUAACAAAAGGAUUUAUCAUUAUAAGUUUGUCUCGCUAACUUAUUGAUAAUUUCGUCUGAUACUUUUUGAAAGAUAUUAAAAUGAAGAUAUUAUAUUCUACUUAAUACGUUUAUACGUAAAUACUUGUAUGGUAUCAACAGUGUUUAAAUUGUACUUCUUCCCGUUUAUAUAUGGUUUGGUAUUAAUGUAUUAUAGUUGAUAUAAUUUAACAACAAUUAAAAUUACCAAAAACAAUGAAUUGUCGUGAUUUUGUGACGUUUUAAAUGUCAAACAAUUUUCAAAAACUUCAUUUAUGUGUAAGUUAUCUUACUAAAAGAAAUAUUUUCUGUUUUACCUAUAUCAGGCUUGUUAUACUCCUGUAAGAUUGCUUUAUCUGUUUUUUUUAUUAAUGUGAAUGAAUUAAAAUAUGCUGAAACUUUGAUAUACAUAAGAAACACGCUUUGGUAAAAUAUGUUUGGCUGUGAAAAGUUUCCAUUUUCAAAAAAAAAAGUUUAUCAUGUUACCACGAAAAGCAAAUUGUGUUAUUUAUUUUAUUAAAAUCAAAACGAUAUAAAAAUGAGUUGACGCCAAAAUCAGCCGAAGUUGACAUUUCUCAAAUGUCAAAUUGCAAACUUUUUGUUUGUUUUUUUUUUUGGUAAAUACACACGUAAUCUGGGCGUCUGUUUUAUAUUUUUGAACGAAUCAUGAAAUGAUUUAGUUUUAAUAAUUAUUUUUAUCAUGUCACAAAGUGGAACUCCUAACGUUAUUUUUAUUGUAUUUUUUAGUUAAAAUAAACCUUUGUUUUAUUCAAAUGUCUCGUCAAUUAUCCAUAGGGUCAUGGUUGCACAUAGGGGGGAGCACAUUGAUUAAUUUGUUACCUAAUUAAAAUAAAUUACUUAAAAAUAACUAUGGUUGAGGUUAAUACGGGUUAAUAAAAGACAAAUACUAUCUUUAUCGUUGAAAUAAUUAAAGAGUCACGGUGAAGGUUACAGCUGGAAUAUAAAAAUAGAUAAAAUAUCAAGUUUUACGAAAACAAACUAAUAAAAACGUUCAAAAUGCACUCAAAACAUAUUCUUAUCGUAAUAUAUUCAAUCUUAUCACAAAAAUUGCAUCCUAUCUAUGCAUCUAUUUUUAUUAUUGAAUUAUUCAAAUGUAUAGAUAAAGUGAUUCGAUAAAACGACAUUCACUUUUAAAAAUAGCGUGAGAAAUUGAACUUGUUUGCAAGUUUGACACCUGUUUUGAAGAUUAGCGUUGUAAAAAACAGAAGAAAUAUAUUUAUAUUGUGACAAUGGUCAGUUACAGAUGUUUUAUGACAUGAAAGCGGUUGAGACGUAUUUGUGUGUGUAAAUGUCACAUGCGCAUUGUUUUGUAUGACUUGACGACUCGGCCACUACUUGAGCUUCCAAGCUUGCGCACGCAAAGACACUGUGCAAUGUGCAUGGACAUUAAGUAACACACACAAUUAUGAGUCAUCUGCUUUUGUGAAAUAACACAUCAGUACUUCUGCAUGCACAUAAUUCGAUAUUUAUUCUUUUGAUACUGGUUUUUAAUAAAUAUUACAGUUAUAUCAACCAUUCUGACUUUUAAAUAAAGUAUUUUUUAUGUAGUACAUCCUGAAAUCUAUCUGCUAUUAAUUCUCUAAGUAUGUAAAAAGCUGUAACCUUCACCGUGACCGACUAAACAGAUUGUCAGUACGCUGUAUAAAAUAAAGAGCUAUGUCGUAUCUAGAUAGGCGCUUCUUGUAAACUGUUCGUGACGUGCUAUCCGUGUUGUGCGCUAGAUGUCAAUGUUAUUGUAUAUAGGAACAAAUGGGCUUUACCCAACUCAAAAGAAGGGUUAUGAUUUUGUAGGACUUUCUGCGCGGAAAUUGGGAAAAUGCGUUCAACAAUGUUUUAAGAGCCAAAAAGCACUGCUUAAAGAAAUUACAAAUGAAAUGCUUUUGUGUCAUAUCAUUUUUCAGUAUGUCAUACAAAAUGAACAAAACUUGAAUUAAAAAAAAUAAAAAAAUAACAUGAAACGAAGACUCUUCAGCUUUUAAGCAAAAAGAAGCAAAUUACUGGAAUUCUAAUUAAUAAAGCUAUGAUAUAUUGGAUUUAUGUGACAUAAAAGCAUGCUUUAUACCUUUUUACAUAUUUUAUUUACCAUACGGGUUUAUAGGUUGUUUUCGUUAAAAAUAAACAGGUCACAACGUUAUCUUGUCACAUGAAAAUGGUAUAUAGUGUUUAUUUAUGGAAAUAUUACUACAUUUGAUGGUAAUAGAUAGUAAAGCACUGGUACUCAGCUGAAUCCGGUUAGACUGGAAGCCGACCCCAACAUGAUUGGGAAAAAGGCUCGGAGGAUGAUGAUGGUAAUAUCAUGCGAAAUAAUUUCCGGUAUUAUAAGUUGAUUCCAGAUGUUUUGAAAUAAACGAUUUUUAAGUCUAAUUUAUUUUCCUGUAAGUUUUGUUGUUGUACAUAAUGAAGACAUUUCGUGUAUAAUAUUUUUUGACCUUUAAAAAAAAUACUUUACGUACUUAGUCGCUUAAAAAAUACUGAACACUUUUAUUCGGAACAAUUUUUUGUUAAAAAUGUACCAUUAAGUAUCGUAGCCGCUUCCUAAGUAGCUUUUAGUAAAUUAAUAUGUGGUAAAUUUUAAAAUAUUAACGAGUAAGUUAACGCUAACAUUUAAUGUAAGUUAAAGAGAGAGUUAAAAUAACAUGAUCAUAUAAAAUAAUUCCUAUAAGUUUUAAAACACUGUACACCAUUUUCAAAAUAAAUAAAAUAACAAAUUGACAAUGAAAUAAUAUUUCGUGGAUAAAUAAUUGUAUUGUUAAGUUACCAUUAAAAUGAAAACAAAACUUAUUAUGACACUUGCCAUUUUCUUUAAGAGAAUUUUAAAACUGUAAACAGGCUAAGCUUAUAAAAGUAAUUUGGUAAAUUCUAUAAAUAUUGAACUUUAGAAUAACAAAUUAUUUUAUGUGAUGGUAAAUAAUAGCCUUGUUUAUGUUUUUUCUUAUAUAAUUAAAAAUUGGUUUUAAUAAAAUCGCAAAGCAAUUGAAUUUUAUGUCGUUUAUGAUGUAUGAGUUUUUAAAAACUCAACGUUUAAUCGUGUUUAAUGCAGCUAUAAUAAGUACUAAAAGGUUAAGGUUUUAGUGUAAAAAGAAACAUAUUAUUCCACUACACCUUCAUUUCUUUCCCACACUGAAAUCUUAAUAUACUUUAAAAAUUGUAUGUCACAAGAUCAGACACUCUAUAUUCAAGUAUGAAUUAAUUACAUAAUUUUGAUUUUACUAAAAACAGCUGUGAUGGUAUUUUAUUGCAAAAAAAACUGGACAGUGAAGUUUCCAAUACGCUUAGACUUGCAAAAUGCAGUCAAAGAAACUACUGGAUUAUAUUUAGCAUUAAGUAUAGUUACACAUAAUUGCCAAAAAAAUGGGAAAUAGUAACCGUUCUUGGUGUUCUUUUUUUCUGUUUCUGGUUAACACUAUUUCCCGUUUUUUGAUAACUCGUUAAUAGUUAUUAUUGAAUAACAAUUUUUAUUAUUAAUUAUAAAAUCGUGGCUAGUGAAUUUUAUGUAUAGGGUGGCUAGUUAAAUGUUUAAAAAUACUUAAAGUACAAUUUGAAAUUUUCUUGGUUUUUUCUUCGUUUUUGUUUUGAAAGAAUUGUUAUAGCUGUUUCUUUUUUGGGAAUGCACGCUUUUAAUAAAGGUACAGUCGGCUAAAUGGUGAUGUUACUGCAUUUUUGUCUACGUUUGUUUUUAUUAUCAAAUAAUGAAUUGGUUGCAAAGAAAAUAUAUUUUAUAAAUUUUGAUUUUAUAUAUGAGAUUUUGAAACAGAAUCUUAAUCAACAAAUUGCACUUUAUUUUUCAUGACUGCAAAUCGUUUUUGUUAUUUGUAACAUGAUUCCGUUUGCUUACUGUACCUAAUCGGAUUGUCGUUUUUAUUAUUUGUGUUUACACGAAAGCGCUGUUAGUAUUUUGUAAUGUACUUAAAUAUUUAUUAAGUUCAUUCAUUUUGCUUUGUUAUGGUGCAUACUCUUAUAUUUUCUUUGUUAAAAUAUUAAUAAAAACAAUUGUAAAAUCUCGUUCAAAUGUUAAUAAAACUUAGUUGUAUUUUAUUUUUUGUUUUCUUUUAUUUAUUGAUUUUUAACUGGAUGAAACCAGUAAAUAGAUUAGUGAUAAAUUCGUAGUUUAAAUAUUUAUAAUAAUAGAGUUCAUGGUGACAUAGUUUUGACGUUCUAGUGUUAAAAAAGUUUUUUUUACAGUUAUGUAUUGUAAAUUAUAACAGUAUAUAAGUGCCUUUGCCUGCCGUUUGAUUUAAAAUAGACAGUUUGUCAGUUGCAUUUAGCAAUAUUUUUGAAUACAGAGCUACACACAUUAUGACAUACAUAUUGACCGUUUAUCGAUAACAUUUUAAAAUCGUCCAUAAGUGUUUUUAUAGGAAAACUAUUUAAUUAUUGUAAAAAAAUAUUUGCUAUACUAAUAUGCCAAAAUGUCUAGAUUUAUUCGCAUUCUAAUUCUUCUUUCUGUCUAUGAACUAUUAUAUGAAUUAUAAAGUGGAAAUUACUAAAGAUUAUACGUAAUAUUUGUUCUCUUCUGAUUGUACAUACAGUUUAUAUCUCUCUCAGCACUUCUAUUUGUCAGUAUGUAUGUCUUCACUUCUAAACCUCAAGGGAUUGUUGCUAAAUUUUUACCGAUUUGCUUUAUUUAUAGAGUUUUUGCUAAGAGGCUUAUGGUUUUAUACGAAAUAACUAUAUGUUCGGACUGCCUUUUUGUCUUUGUUAUUUAUUUUAUUAUUUGCCUACACAUUAGGAUUUCCUAGAAAAACAAAGAAAUUUAGUUAUCUAAGUGUAAAAUGUUACGCUGAUAUUUUACAUGAGAUUUUUUUUUAGUAACUAUACCCAUAAUCAAAGUCCUAAGGAUAAUUUAUUGGUUUUUAAAUGCAAACACUACUUUGAGGUCACAUGUAAAAUCAAAAUAUUUAAAUAUUUUUUAUAUGAAUAAGUUGCGGUGUGGUGAUCUAAGUAACACGAUGAUUAAUGUUAAGCCAUCGAUAAAUUACAAAGAGGCGCUUCCAUAGUUAAAUUUAUAAGUAAGUACACUACUAAGUUAUUUGUAAUUAUAAUUAUUUCAUUCAAAACUAUAGAUUAGGUAUGAGUCUUAAGUAUUUGAGAGUUUUUGUAAUGGAAGUCCUAAGUGUCAGUUAAAAAAUAUGAACUGUCAAUAAUUUUGUGUCAAACAAUGAAUACAUGUGUUAUUUUUUACAAUUUCAUAAUAAUAUCUUACUUUAUUUACGCUCUUCUGUAAAGUGAUCACAAAAUAUUGCUACUGACUGUACCAACAACUCUUGACCGACUUCCAUUACACAAAAAGUAAGCUUAAUUUCCUAAACAUAAGGUAUAUUUUUCAAGGCUUGCUGCACCGCAAUCGUUUACAAGCAGUACAGUCAUCAAUUCUAAAGUUUGUAUGGAAUAAAGCUUAAUAUUUAAAUUAAUUAUGAAUAAUAUAUAAUAAUAUAAGCUAAUGCAAAGUGCUACGGUUGAAAUUUGUUAUGUGGUUCUGUUCGGUAGCUGAUAAUGAUGAAAUUAUUAAAGGAAAAUUCAAAUUGA